AUGGCUCUGACGUCGCCAAUUGCCAUACAAACCCUUCUUGAUAAUCACCCCAUGAUUCAAGGUCUGCGGGCAACCGGAGACUAUGUGGAAUAUAGAGCAUACCAAGAUUAUCCUCGGGAUCUACGCGAGCAAAAUCUUACCGCUGGCCCUCUCACUGGCCCACAAAUGAUACCCAUACCACCAUACGUAUUCGCACAGCGGGGCGGAGAGAGCUUAAUUGAGAUAUUAUAUCUCGGGAAGCAUGUAUCCGGAUACUAUGGCAUUGUGCAUGGCGGACUUCUUGCUACAAUGAUUGAUGAAGCGCUAGGUUGGUGCUGUUUUCCAUCUUUGCCUGGUGGAGUUGGUGCUACCGCCACGCUGAGUAUCGAGUAUCUUGCUCCAAUGCCUACGGAGAGCAUUGCUGUAUUGAAAGCGCAGACUAAGAGCGUCGUUGGGCGAAAGGCAUGGGUUGAAGGGCAUAUGGAGACACUGGUUGAGAAUGGGGAACCAGUUAUCAUUGCUAAGGCGCGAGCAUUGUUCGUGUCACCUAGGAACAUCAAAUUAGGAAUCUAG